UGUGCGGUGCCGCUGCAGCUGAUAUAAAAACAGCAGCAAUGAAAGAAGAACCAAAUUUACAGAAACCAAGUGAGAGAAGAAAAGCGAGCAGACAUCCCCGCAGGUGACUGUCCAUCCCUGCUUAGUCUGUUUGUCAGCGAGGGACGCCUGGAGCCGCGGAGACAGGGCUGAAGGAGCUGUCCCGCUUGUCCCAACCCGAGCAUCCCCGCGCUCAGGCACCUGCAGCCUCCCUUAGAUCAGGUCCGGUCAGUGUGCCUCCAGGCUAGCAGAAAUGGCUCCAACCCUCGCUACAGCUUUCAGACGCCGCUGGUGGAUGGCCGUCACGGCGGUCAUUGAAAACCUGCUCUUCUCUGCUGUGCUGCUCGGCUGGUCGUCCCUGCUCAUCAUGCUGAAGUAUGAGGGCUUCUAUUCCUACCUGUGCAAAGCUCCAGAAAACAGCUCCAACUUCAACAUCUCUAACUCAUCCCAGUCUGAGACUAACAGUGAGGCAGAGGAGUUCCUGCUGAUGAAUAACUGGCCUAUCUGCAAAGACCAGGAUGAGAUGCUGAAUCUGGCCUUCACUGUGGGCUCCUUCCUGCUGUCAGCCAUUACUCUGCCUCUGGGCAUUGUCAUGGACAAGUAUGGCCCGCGUAAGCUAAGACUUCUAGGAAGUGCCUGCUUCUCCUUGUCCUGCCUCCUAAUUGCUUAUGGUGCCAGCGAUCCUAACGGUCUUUCCAUCCUGAUCUUCUUUGCUCUGGCGAUGAACGGCUUUGGAGGCAUGUGUAUGACCUUUACCUCUCUGACGCUUCCCAACAUGUUUGGAGACCUGAGGUCAACCUUCAUCGCCCUGAUGAUUGGAUCCUAUGCUUCCUCUGCCGUCACGUUUCCUGGCAUCAAGGUGAUUUAUGAUCUAGGUGCCCCCUUCAUGUCUAUCCUGGUGGUUUGGGCCGGCUGCGCUGGCCUCGUCUUCCUCAACUGCUUCAUCAACUGGCCUCUUGAGCCUUUCCCAGGUCCAGAGGACAUGGACUUUACGGUAAAGAUCAAAUUCAGCUGGCUGGGCUUUGACCACAAGAUCACUGGGAAGCAGUUUUACCGGCAGGUGACCACGGUGGGCCGCCGACUCAGUGUGGGCAAUGCAAUAAAGCAGCCGCAGCAGCCGUCCACAGAUCUGUCAGCGCAGGAUGCCAACAAACUGUGCCUGUCCACCGUAGACCUGGAGGUGAACUGCAAGGGCAGCGAAGAGUCCCAGUCUUUCAUGAGGAGCAUCUUCAGUCCCAUCUUCUUGCUGAGCCUCAUCACCAUGUGCGUUACACAGCUAAGACUCAUCUUCUACAUGGGAGCCAUGAACACCAUCCUGGAGUCCCUUACAGACGGAGACCUGGACACAGUGAGUGUCUACACCUCCAUCUUUGGCGUGCUCCAGCUUCUGUGUUUGGUCACCUCUCCUGUGAUUGGCUACGUCAUGGACUGGAAGCUCAAAGACUGUGAGGAUGAGAACGACAAGACUGUCAAAAGUGAGCCCGGCCAGCCCCGGCGCCCAACCAAAAAGAUUCAGAAGAUUAUCAAUGCAACUAGAGCCUUCAUCUUCACCAACCUGCUGCUGGUUGGCUUCGGGGCCACAUGCAUCAUACCAAACCUCCCGCUUCAGAUUCUGUCCUUCGUCCUGCACACAAUAGUGAGAGGCUUCAUCCACUCUGCUGUUGGAGGCCUGUAUGCUGCUGUGUACCCAUCCUCUCAGUUUGGCAGCCUGACAGGCAUGCAGUCCCUGAUCAGCGCUCUGUUCGCUCUGCUGCAGCAGCCUCUCUUCAUGGCCAUGGUGGGACCCCUGGAGGGAGACCCUCUAUGGGUGAACGUGGGCCUGCUAGUGCUGAGCAUGCUGGGAUUCUGCCUGCCCUUCUACCUCCUGUGCCAUAGCCGCCACCUCCAGCGCCUACGAGAUGAGCACAACGACGACCCCAAGGUCUACUUGAAGAUGAACAACGGCAGCGCGCCGGAGGCCACCGUGUAGAAAGGAUGAAGACAUUUUUGUUUUUAUAAAUAAAUAAGGCACAGAGAGGAGGAUGAACAUGUGGCAAACCUGUACACGGACACAUAUAUUGAACUGGUGAUUCUGCACGCGUGAACACUGUGAUGACUAGUUUCACUUUCUGUGAUGCUCUGUGAUAAAGCCAACACAAACUCAAACACUGCGGGGAGAUGACAGUUCCUCCAAUCAUGAUCCAAAACUGACUAAAAAGGGAGAGAAAAGACAGUUCACUUCUCCCUUAAUCACUCCUCUUCCUUCUUCUUCUCACUCCUGCCAUUCUGUAUUCAAAAGCACAGAAAAUGGCAGCUGACUGCAAUCAAGUGUGGAUCUGAAUUUAACCAGCAGGGGGCAGUGCAUUCCUGCUCACUUACUCAGCUUUGUUUGAGUAACACGCACACGCCUGCACACACACACAAAGAAAUUUGAGCAGCGUUCUCUGCGCUGUCAUCUCCACUUCCUCCUGUUGGACUCAGCAGAAACCCAAAAUGCAACAACUUUGAGAUCAGUACACAACACACUGAUAAGUCACUGAGGAAACACAGCAGCCCCUGUGUCUGUGUUAUACUGUUAAUGCAUGAUCCCAGUGACAGUGUUGAUCCUUUGUUUAUGUUUUACUCAGCCUCCUGAGCAGGAAAACAGAUCUACACACAACUUGUGUUUGACAAACCUGUCAGCUCUUGUGUUAGUUUAGAUAAGGGUCUCUGUGUGACGUUCAAUCAUGAUCCAGUAAUAUGAAGGAAUGUUUAGAGCAGAUAGACAGCACAUUUUUUAAACAUCGGAGUAGUGUCCAUACACAAUGAAAUUAUACUGUAGUAUUUGUUCAUCUCAGCAAUAAGCAUUUCAGUUCAGUGGUGGGCGCUGGACAUUCAUCCAAAUAUACGUGUUCAUUUCACUAAGUCUAUUCCUACACUGUGGACGGUGCUAGUUAGAAUACCAGAAAUGUGUUUGUGUUUCACAGUGUAGCUGAGGUAGUCAUACUGCAAACAAACAAAUCAAAUAUCCAUUUUUUUCCUUCACAGGUUGAUUUCCAAAGAGUUAGUGUAGCUGUGGUUUCAUGUAGCGUUUGCUUUCUGUUUCGUAUGCAUUUCAUGGUGAUUUCACAACGUAAAACCUGAUGUACAGCAUCAGCAGCUCAGGGAAGCUUGACUCCUUGUCAUAAACCUGGGAACAGAAAUUCGCUUGAUGUUAACUAGGCAUGGGCUGGUAUGAGAUUCUCAUAGUGUGGUAACCUAACACAAUUUCACAGUAUUUGCAAAAAUAUUUAGCACAAAAUUGUAUUACAUGGCCAAAAUUAUUAUUAUGUUGAAUACACAACCACAACAUUUAGUUUUUAUGUUAGGAUAUUAUAAUAUUGUUUUAUGUUUCUGCUCUUAAAAGACAAGUAUAAGAGCUGAUAGCUGGUUAGUUCAGCUGUCAGCUCUGGUAGCUAGCCUGCAGUCUGCUUCUGCACACUCGUAGCUCUCCAACUAGAUUUAAAACAGCGUUACCUUAAUAAGAACAAUGGGUGGUACUUCUUUAGUGAGUGUUUUCUCAUUACAAGUACUUAAAUAAACAUUGUGAAUUACUUUUACUGUUUUAAAACCUUUGUAAUAGCAACAGGCCUCUUCCUAAAGGAGAAAACCAUAAUGAUUCAUUGUUCUCAGAGAAAAAAGCUGAAUGUAAUAAGCUCAAACACAGACAAGAAAGACUCUUUGUCUUUUAGAGAGACAAAUAAAACAGAAGCAUGGAGUGCUGGAUAUUAUUCAGUCUGCUGACUGUAAAUGCCACACAGUGAAGCUUGUCAUAAGGUGAAAACAGGCAGGAAGACUCUCUUUCCUUCCAUCUGUAAAAUUGUCUGAUAAUCACUUUCAGCUGCCCCCGUCUGAAAACACAACCUAAAUUGUUUACAGGUGCCCGAACUGAGAGAUGACACUCUGCUGCCUUCACGUACUCCCAGCGACAGACUUUCAGUGAGGAUAAAAAAAAAAAGCACAUAAUGCACUUUAAAAUGUCUAAAAUGGACCUUAUUUGCAUAUUCCUGCACAGCUUGUUGUUGUUUCUAACACACGACUCCUUAAUGGUGGUGCACAGUGGAAAGAAUGUAAACCCAGGGCUUUUGGAUGUAGAUUUGUUCAUGCUGUGAAAGCUAAAAGAUGUUUUUUUUUUUUUUAUAAUCAGAAAAAAAAGAGGCGUUGCUUCACAUUUGGCCUUUAUUCACACAGAAGGUGCAGCAGAGUCUUGUCUCUCAGUUCACAAUCCAUUCCUUUUAGACAGAAUGUACUCUUAUUUUACUAAAAGAAUUGCCCAAAUAUUUUUUUAAAAUCAGACAUUUUAAAUUGAAAUACCCACUUUGUCCUUCACUCAGAUCUAAUUUUGAUAACACUUCCUCUCCUUCCUUAAAUAAUUUGGGGUUGUUAUGAAAAAGAAGCUCAGAGGCAGGAAUUUGGGUUAAAGUGUUCUGUUUCCGAGUUCCUGGUAAUAUAUCAGCAGUACUUACAGGAAAGUCAUCUAACAUUGCUACCAAUGUGAGACCUGAGCCUGUACUGAACAAGCGAUGAGAAAAUGGAAAUGGAGUCACUGACUUCUUUAGAUUACUCACCUCGUUCCCCAAAGCGAUUUUGUGUAUUCUUGUUCAUUUCAGUGGAUUGUUUUGUUUUCUGAUAAUGAAUUUUGGGUGUUAGCUUUUAACAGUUAUGUAUGUGUGAUGCGUAAAAGUGGGGAUAUAAGAGGAAAAAAACAUAUACCUUUUUUUCUCCACUUGACAUUUUGUAUUUUUUUCCUAUAGUGUCUUACUGUCUUUACUUUUUUUCCCAUUCUGAUUUUACAGGAUUGUGCAUUUCCAUGAUAUUUUACCUUGUAUGACUUUUUUUUGUCUUUUCCACAGUAUAACUAUUGUCAGUGACUUUUCAAAAUAUGUUCUUUCAACUGAAAGAAAAACAAAGUUUGAAUAUAUGAAAUUAAAUAAACAAUCAUUUGUA